CAAGGGGGAUAAAAAAGAGUUGAAGAGUGAGAAAAUGGCGAAUAACUCUGGGGCUUCAUCAGCAUCAUCGUCCAUGAAUUUCCUCUUGAUCGAAGAUAUUGAUUUCGUCCAAGUCGAUGAACAAGGGCUGUCCCACUGGGAAUUGGUUAACGCCUCUGACGCUGACGCUGACUCAGAGAAAGAAGAGGAACAAGAACAAGAAGAGGAGGGAAUAGAAGAUAGCAUCGGAAAUGAAAUUGGUUCAUUGGGCUCCGAGAUCUCCACGCCUGGUUAUCUAAACGAUGCCCAAAUCGAAACCCAUCAUGUAGAUGUUCUUGAUUUCGAUGGGGAUGUGAAAUACGAUUAUGGGUAUUACGGUUAUGGUGAUGGUGAUGGUGGGCAUGGCGAGGAACAAUACGAUGAGGAUGAUGAGGAUGAUGAUAAUGGGGAUGAUGGGCGUGACUUGGACGACGAACUCGUGCCGUGGGCUGUGAGCGACAAGGUCGGGAGGCAGAGGAUGAGGAAGUUGGGGAAGAGGGUGUUCUCGAAAAUGAACACUUCGAAGAGGUCCCCGUAUCUGUUUGUAAGGCCUGGUUGCGUGCGUGGCAAGCAUGGUCUGGGCAUGAAGCACAAAUGCUAGUGAGGUAUUUGUGGAAAUGGUGUUGGGUAACUGUUAGAUUCGGGUUUAGAUGUAAUUAGCGUAUUUGGGUUAAUAAGUAGUUUGUUGCUUUUAGGGUAUGGUGCUUGGGCUUAGUAUAUGUGGUUGUCGUGUUAUUGACUUGUUAUCCUUCGUUUUUCUAUAACGAUCCUUACUUUUCAUGAACAA